AUGACGUACUACCGGUUCGGGCAGCGGCUCAAGAUGACGCGUGCAGUGGCCAGGGCAAUGGCGCGCUCCUCCGCGGGCAAGCAGAACUCGGCCACUAUCGAGAAGCUGGUGCAGACCAGCAAAAACCGCUUUGGCAGCGCUGUGGCUCGGCCGCUGGGCGCCGCUCUCGCGACGUUCCUGGACUCAGGUGUCGCGUUCAACACAUCGUCAGAGUUCCUGUACUUCGACGGCGAAGACGACGACGGAACGUAA